GUGUGCGCGCGUUAGUGUGAGUGUGUGUAAAGAGUGAGUGAGCUCGGGUGUGUGUUCAUUAGCUCAUCAUGGCGUUCACAUUCGCAGCCUUCUGCUACAUGCUGGCCUUGCUUCUCACGGCGGCUCUCAUAUUUUUCGCGAUAUGGCACAUAAUCGCGUUCGAUGAGCUGAAGACCGACUACAAGAAUCCUAUAGACCAGUGCAACACGUUAAACCCGCUGGUGUUGCCGGAGUAUCUGAUCCACGUGUUCUUCUGUGUGAUGUUCCUUUGCGCCGCUGAGUGGCUCACGCUCGGACUCAACAUGCCCCUGCUGGCCUAUCACGUCUGGAGGUACAUGAGUCGUCCCGUGAUGAGUGGUCCGGGCCUGUAUGAUCCCACCACCAUAAUGAAUGCUGAUAUUUUGGCUUACUGUCAGAAAGAAGGCUGGUGUAAACUCGCCUUCUACCUUCUCUCCUUCUUCUACUAUCUCUAUGGGAUGAUCUACGUCUUGGUUAGCUCUUAAUCUGGACACUGCUGGUUUGGAGAGACGCACAGGCUGGAACAUGAGUCGCACUAGCAGAGCUGAGUUUGGACUGAAUUUGGCCACCUCUCCCAGUGCAGUGCGGUUCUGUUCCAAACGGACACCUUCAUCACCCGGGGGGGGGGGCAAACCUGGACACAAGCGGCCACCACUGCCCCCACACGUACACACAUUACGCAUACAGUACGACAUGAACUAUUACAACACUAGCUCAGACCAACUCCCCACUUCUUAUUGCUGUUUGUUUUUAUUUCUAUCGAGUGCUCUUUGAUACUUCUAACUGAAAUAAAGGCAUUUGUUUUUUUUCCCUCCUUUAUUUUUGACAUUGUUUACUAAAAAUGCUGUGUUAGCCUUUCAAUAAGUUGUUUUGUCAGACAGUAGCUGUUCUGGUUUGUUGUGUGCCAAGUUAAGUUCCUCCUGAUGCGCUCAUUUCACCUGUCGGUCGGUAGAGUGCUUGGUCCCCUGGCGUUGCUGUUUAGCGCUGGGCUGUUUUCACUGUUCGCAGCAGAAUGCAUGAGUUAAUUAGCGCUAAUGAUGAUUUGACGGCUCUCAAAGCUUUUCAGGUUGCAAAGAUCUGUGCUUUUAAAUGUGUUCUGGAUUUAAAUGAGUUAUUGCUGUGAUUUUAUUUCUCAUUAUUUUUUUGUUUUUGUUGUCUUUCACACGAAAGCCGAAUGUGUGGACGCUCUGAUGAAGCUCUGCCAUCCUGAUGGUGGUGUUGUGUUUAACGUCCAGCAGGGUUUAUAAUGUUCUCGUUUAAAGUGGUAGUUUAGCAGAUAAAUGACAACAGUUUCACCCCUUUAUCCAAAACGUAGUCUGUCAGCUCAGACAGGUUCAGGAUCUGAAGUUUGCUUCUUCAGUUUUUCCACUCAGGCUACAAAGCUAAUGUAGCUAAUACAAAACAAUGCUUAAAGGCAUCAGUUACCAUCGUGCUAGCUGGACUCCUUAGUUUAGUGACAUAUUCAGUCCAUGUUUAUAGAUACCAGCGAGUCACACAGAGUCAGAAACCACAGAAUCGAUUCUAUUAGAGACACUGAACUCCACACGCUUUUAAACGAGUGCGUGAUGCUAACUGGUGGGUUUUGAGCUUCUAUGACUUGUUAGCUGCAUUAGCCUCUUUAGCUUCAUCACUAGUGCCAAAGCUAAAGAAGCGCCAAGCAGGUCUCGACUGCUCAGCUACACCUGGGGGAGAAAACUGCUCACUUAAAAAUGUGGCUCUGUUCAGAACCAUGACUUAUACGCUUAAAUUCUUUCUGCAUUAAACAGUUCUUCAGAUUAAUGUAGCACCAAAAAGGGUUCUGCUAUUAUGAUGUGAAGCUUGUAACAAUAGAAGAACCCAUUUUGCUAUAUAGAACCAAUUUCCAUCAAUCUGAAGAACCAAUUCACCAUGCAUAAGCAUGAAAAUGGUUCUUUGAGUGUUCAGGGUUCUAUAUAGAACCAUUGUCUUUACUAAAGAACCUUUGAAGAACCAUAUUUUUGUGUGAGGGUAAAUAUAGUUGUAAUUUUUUUGCCAAACUAUCACUUUAAAGUCCCAGUCAGGAAUUUUCAGGCCAGUUUCUUUGGCAUUUCAGCUCCACCCAACACGAACAGGUCAUCUAUAAUCAGCGGUUUGUGCGUUUAUGCUUUAUGUUCCUGAUCGAGGCUUUAAUUUCGCUUUUUGAAGUUCAGAUUGUCUCUUCUACUCAGUUCCUCAAGCUGGUGACACUCCAGGCAAAAAACCAUUUAAAAUACAUAUUCAACAAGACUGAGGUGUGACUGAGAUGUGAUGUUCUGCCUGAAUUGAUUUAAUUUAAUCUUCUCACAAAGUGCGAAUCAGUCUCAUACUGUAGAAAUGAGAUGAGUAAAGCUCGGCUGCGUAGUUUCUGAUGUGUGAAGAGGUUUGUGUGUGACUGAGCUGGUGGAGUGUGUGUGUGUGUGUGUGUUUGAGAGUGUAUGAAGGGUGUGUGUCUGUGCCUCUUGAGCUAGAAAUGAGCUGUUCACCCCUCAAUCCACCACAAGACGAAAAUGACAAUAAAGUGAUUCCACCGUCUUUAACAUGCA